GGACGAGGUACCUUAAGGUGGGAAGCUCUGGCUGGCCGCUCGCAGGCGGGCUGUACUAGUUGAUAUCGAUUCUCUACUGCAGCUCUCCAACGACGACACAUCAUACCCAAACCCACACAACAGUCAUCAUGGAGGUUCUUCUGGGCAUUACCGGCAAGGACUUUACUCUCAUCGGCGCCUCCAAAGCUGCCAUGAGAGGAGCCACCAUCCUCAAGGCAUCCGACGACAAGACAAGAGCGCUGAACAAGCACACUCUGCUGGCUUUCUCCGGCGAGGCUGGCGACACAGUACAAUUUGCCGAAUACAUCCAGCGAAACGCCCAACUCUACUCCAUGCGCAACGAGACCGAGCUGUCACCCUCUGGCCUCGCCCACUUCGUCCGAGGAGAACUCGCCACCAGCCUACGAUCUCGAAACCCAUACAACGUAAAUCUGCUCAUGGGAGGAGUUGAUCCCAUUACCGGGAAGCCCUCUCUAUACUGGCUGGACUACCUAGCGUCGCUGGCGGAGGUGCCGUAUGCGGCACACGGCUAUGCGCAAUACUACUGCUUAUCCCUCCUCGACAAGCACCACCACCCAGACAUCACCCUCGGACAGGGAAUCAAGCUCAUGACGAUGUGCAUAGACGAGCUGAAGCGUCGACUACCGAUUGACUUCAAGGGCAUGGUGGUCAAGGCAAUCAAGGCGGACGGCAUUGUCGACAUAGAGUUCGACGACGACCGGAUUGUGAAGAGCGCGUGAGCAAGAGGGUGGGCGCUGGAGAGGAGAUGGCGUAUAUCAUUACAGACUUGCUUGAGCUUGGUAAUUAAUAUACGGCCGCUUCGUCCGGCUCAUUCUUGAUCAA